GGCAGAGAAACCAGCAUGGCAGUAACGGCAGCAGCCAGGAGCCAGCAACAUCCGUCUGAUUCCAUCUCUUUCGCAUUAGAUGCACUCUCGGCCGUGGCUCGAUCUCGCAGGAUGCAGGGACUGACGUUCCCGCGUCGGAAAGGGAGAUUCACCCCGUCGUCGUCGUCCUCGUCGUUGCUAGUACUACUCCUACUGCCACUGGCCGAGCUACCCCUCGCGAACGGUUCUUGCGAGUUUCCAGCAAGUUGGGGGGGAGAAUGGUAUCAACACGGAAAACCGGUACCCAUUAUCAUAAAUGCAACGAUGUUAGGCGAAAGAAAGUGCGUGGAAAGAAGAAAAGACAAGUUUAUUACGUACGGUGAUAAAUGUUACCACUGUAUGAUCAUUACUGCCAGGCACGAAAACGUCAUUCAAUAUCGCGAAGGAUUCUGCAAUCCAGACCCAAUGGAUCUGGAAAACAUGUGCUCGAUGAUCGGUUCGGACGAUAUUCUAUAUUCUAUGUUUCGGAUAAACUCUAAGCCCAUACCUUGUCCAUUCAGUGGCCCUCCAUUCACGUUUUCGUAUAAUCGAGGAUACCGAGAGUGCGCAGUACCUAUAAGUUUGGCCGAACGAUGUACAGACGAGAGUAAGCUUCUUCUUAAAUAUCAAGCUUGCCCUGACAUCGAUGGAACGGAAAGUAAUACGGAAGAGUUGCAGUGCCUAGCGGUGUGGAACGACGGUGGACGUAAUAAAUAUUUAGUGGGUACAUUAAAGGGAAGAAAUGCCGUUGCUAAUGAAGUAACAUUUAGGUGCUUUUUGUACGAAGAGAAACAUCAUCAGGGAAAAGUGGUUUAUAUGCUCGCUCAUUCCGGAGAACCUACUUGCAAUGGUUUGACGACGGUAUCCGAAGCAUCCCUUACAAUAAAAUUAACGAAAGGUCAUUAACAUCUUAUGAAUUA